AUGAAUAAUACCCUUCCUACCCGAAAGAACCUCAGUAGAUGGGGAAUUUCAUCAAGUUCUGACUGCUCGUUCUGCUUACACCCUGAAUCACUUCUGCACGUUGUUGCUGGUUGUCAACAUUACUUGGAACGAUUUACCUGGAGACACGAUUGCAUACUAAAGUUUCUUGCAAAAACCUUUCAAAGUUUAAACGAAUGCAAAUUACUUGUUGAUCUUCCUAGAUUUGAAAGCCCCUCGAUUAUUACGGGUGUUGAAUAUCGUCCUGAUUUACUUGUCGCCACUUCAGACAAACACCUCUACGUUGUUGAACUUACC